AUGGAAUUAGAGGACCAAUAUUAUGAAUCCUUUCAGAAAACAAACAAUCAUUUACCAAGGCAUUUUAUUAUGUUUCCAUUCCAAAGCCAUGUGCACUAUUCGGAAAUGAUUCCUCCCAAGUUACAUAACGAUUAUCAAGAGAGGUUUAUCAUUAAUGUGGUUCAAUUAAUGGACGAUUAUUAUUUAUUUCUGUUUGAUCUUUGGCAAGAACGUUGGAUCGAGCAAUCGAAAUGUUCAUUUAUUUCGGAUGAAGGCGAUGAAUCUACAUUUGGAAUUUUCUUUUUUGAAAAUCAUUCACCUUACUUUUUACUACUGCAAUAUGAUGCCAAUACUAGCAUAAGCGGUACAAUAUUUAAGAUUGAUUUUAGUUUGAAAACAAUCUCACUGUACAAAACUGUUGAAGUAUUCAUUCAUCACAACAAUUUCGCCAAUAGUGAUUUUAUGCGAGUCCAUUCUACCAUUUUUAAUCUUGGGAGAGCUACCAAAAAUAGUGUGCAAGCAAUUGAGCAAGUUUCAUUGACAGAUCUUUCCAUAGACUACGAGAAAGUGUAUGGCAAGUCCAGGCCUUCCAGAAAUGGCUCUCUCUUAUGGAAAUAUAAUGAACAAGACAAUUGUGGAUGUAUUAUUUCAUAUGGAGGUCUUCAAAAUCACUGUUAUCCAAGCGAUUUUAUUACACGAGUUGAUUUUUGGAAAGGAACAGAUGAUAUCAUUUCCUAUCAAGUCAACUGUUUGCCAUUUGACAAUUGGAGGGAUUUACUCUCCUUUUUUCCAAACCCAGUUAGUUAUAAUGCAGUAGGUUUGAUUGGAGGAAGAUAUCUGGUGAGCAUUGGAGGCACAGACAUGGGUAGAAAAGUUGAGACACACAAUUUGUGUCUUUUCGAUUGUUAUCUUCAAGCAUGGGUUGGAGUGUUAGAGCCAGAACAAGAUCCAUUGAAUGGUAUAGAAGACGAGGAGGAGUUGACAAGACUAUUGAGAUUGAACGGAAGAUUACUGUAUUUAAGGAAUGAAAACAAGUUCAUUUACUUUGGAGGGUCGAGAAAGUCUUACCUUCGUUCUUUCGAUGCCAAUUUCCACACGAUCAAAAAAUUGGGAUAUUAUGAAAUCAAACUUCCUUCAUCCGUUAUUACACCUUCGUUGGUGUUUACUUUUCCAUGGAGAAACUUUCAUGAUCUGAUGAUUGUAUUUAAAUAA